GGCUAGGUUUAGAUCAUGUUGAACCCUACAUUUGUUCUGUGGGAAAUAGGAUAUCCCUUAUACACUUAUGGCUCCAUCAUCAUUAUUGCAUUAAUUAUUUGGCAAGCGAAAAAGAACCAUCAAAGAUUGAAGUUGGGACCUAACAAGAGCGGUUGCCGGCAUCAACGGAGAAUCAAACAAAGGACUAAAGAUAGAACAUCAAGAGCUAGAAAACAUUCCCGCAAAGAAGAUGAGAAGCCAUGGGAGCUGCUCUCUGUCAUGAAAAGCCAGAGCUGGUUUCCUCAGGAGGGAAGUGUGCGGAGGCUCCUGUGUGCAGAUCCCUCCUGCCCUGUCUGCAAUGCUAUGGCUCUGGAGAUUAAGCAGUUGCUGGCGAGUGAGAAAACCCCGAUCUCUCCCACUUCAUCGAGGCGAUCGCAGGGCUCCUCUUGCCUAGAUGUUUUGUCCAUGUCUAAUUUGUCUUUUGGCCAAAGUCAGAGUUCCCAGCACUCCCGAGAGCUUUCAGUUCCACCUGUAACCCCCUCAAUGACACAACUAAAGGACCACAAAUCCUUAACCCCGUCAGCUCCCCAGUCAACUGGUGCAAUCAGCAUCCAAGAUUACUGGGCUGACCACCAACUAAGGCAGGAAUUUCAAGCACCGGAUGUGUUCUGGGACGCAAGAGAUCCGUCUUCUUCAAGCCUUGAGGAGUGCAGGAUUCCUGUGAGCCAACAGAACAAGAAGAGCAACACCGAAUGUGUCUCAGAGAAACAAGAAGCUGCAGAAGCUGGCUUGGGAAAUAAGAUGAAGCAUUUUCCACACUGGAUUAAACCCAAGGUGAAAGAUCAAGGGCAUAAGGAAUCCAUUCUCCUUUCUAAGGAUGAGCCAGUGGCCAAAACCACGACCAAAAAGGUUGAGAAGAGUCCACCCUCCACCAGAGGCCAUGUGAAGCAAUAGAGGACAAGAAUAUCACCUUCUUUGAUGCCCACCAGUGCCUAGACAACGAACUCCAGCAACACCCCUUUGAGCCUGGCCACUCCUGGUUCCAGUGCCUUUCCCACAACAGAUCUAAGCACUGUCCUCAGCUGACUUGUGCCACUCAACCGAAAAUCCAUGCCAGAUCUCAACUCUCACCUCAGCAGGAGGCACUGGUCUAUACAGGGAGAAAAUCCAUUCCAGAAAAAAAGGAGCUCAGGGUUUCUAAAACCUCUGCAUAUGCCUGAAAAAGGCUGUCAUCAUUUCCAUUUAUGUACAGGUGAGGCAGUACCUUCUCCAAAUAUACGCUAUAACUCUAUGCAAAGAAC